UCUUUUGAAUCAAGCAGCCAGUACCAUCUAGUCGGAUUCGGUGCGGAGCUCCACGAUUCGUUUCCUUUCUCUAACCUCCUACGCCCUGAUAGAUAUUUUGUUUCCAUGUAGCUCUGAGUAGGUGUAUACCACCUAAUUUGUGAAUAAACAACUCCUAGAAACAUUCCACUGGCUCACGAUGCAAGGGAAACUAAUGAAACAAUUCCAGCGCCUUCUGCGCAACGUCAAGAGCUUCAGUGACGACCAGGUUGAGGUUCUGCUGGACGGUUUGGACUUCGACCAGCCGCUACAAACGUUCAACAUCAGGAUUCGGCCGAACGGCGGUCCGUACCGCGGUGGAACGUUUGAGUUCUCAAUUUCGCCACAAGACAUCGGGCCUCCCGAGGUGAUCUGUGAAACCCAAAUCUACCAUCCCAACAUCGACCCGGACGAUAACAGCUUGUGCUUCAAUCUGCUAGCGGAUCUCUGGGAGGAUACGUUGACGCUGGAGGAUAUAGUGCAGGGGCUACUCUUUCUCUUCUAUCACCCGGCAAUUGAUGAUCCGCUCAGCCACCUUUUCAAUGGCAGUGAGAGCUGGGAGGAGUUUGAGGACAAUGUCCGCGCCAGCCUGCGCGGGGAAUCGAUCAAUGACUACGAUUUUGAAAGAAAUCUCAUCGAAGAAGAAAGCACGGAGAAAUUGUCAAGUACCCAGGACGCUGUCAAGAUGGUCUACCUGGAACGGCGCCAUUCGUUUGCCGGGGAGCUGGUCAAUAUCAAUUUCGAUCUCUAUAUGCUGGGUAAGCUGACUCCGCCUAGCUUGACCAAAGCGCCGCAGCCCUCUGCUGUGGAGCAUGACUCAUCAUCGCCAUCUCCACUCCGUCAUGUGCUGUCCUACGGCGACGUAGCCCGCUGCCACCUACCGGUGACGAGGGCCAAUCGCGACGCAACACGGCGUCACCGUCGGGAAAUGGACGGUGAUUGUACCGACACGGAUUACAGCGACACCGAUACUGACUACGACCACAUGACGGAUUACGACAGCGACGACGGCGGAGACGACGAUACUAACAGCGUUGCCGCCGAGAGUUUGACCGUCCACCAGCCCGCCUGCACUUGCCACCUCCUGGGCAGUGCGGCGGACAGCAAUGGUACCAGCGUAGACGCCUGCCCGGGAAUGGCCAGUGCCAGCAGCCCUGCUCCAGUCGCCGUCGGUAGGAAUAACAUCAAACGCAUCGGCCGGCAAUUGACAAGCUUUGUAAUGGGAUUAGUACGCUGGUGAUGAUCAUCGUUUAGACUUUCGCUUUUUACCCUUAGAAUACCCAGUAGCUAGUUUGUCGGUGUUUCUUGUCAAAGGUUUGAGCGUAGACAUGUUGAGGGUUUAUAAGCCUGUUUAGAGGGAAUCAGAUGCUAGCCAACACAUCCGCAAUGCACAGCUCAGCAUCUCUCUAGCUGUAGAAGUGCCAUCAACCAAACGUUUGUGCUUAGUACAAUGGUCCAUAGUGAACACAGCCGCGCAGCGUUUUGAAAGCCUAUAAACUAGCUGCUUGUUGCGUACGGGAUUGGCCGUGUUGCGAGUAACCCCCCUCACUUUGUGUACCACCUACCAGGUAUCUAAUAUCUACAAUUAUAAUAUUAUGAAGACGAGGUUGGUGCGUAUAUUAUUACUAUUACUAUUAUGCCCUGUGCCUUGAAAGCCAGAUACCUAUUCCUUAUCUGUGUGUGUGUGUGUGUGCGUUUGUGUCUAAGCAGUGAAUUGUGUUGUUCGAUACUUUUCUCGUAGGCUCAUCCCCACCCUACUAUGGCCAAAGCUUGAGACCCCCCCCCCCUCCCCACACUUACACUUCAAGAAAUAAUUAUUUCAUUUCAUUUUUUCUUGCCUAUGUUUUACCCAACUACCCCUGUUUUGGCCAUUUGACUGGCUUUUCCUGGCCUGAUCAAUUGUUGAGUUUUUUUUACAAGUUUGUACAAUCGUCUUUUCAUCUCAAUGCCUUCCCGUUGACGUCAUAUGCAGUACUUGUGUCAGUCUAAUGGUGGUACUUCAAGCACGGAAAGGAACCUAUUCAAGAUAA